CCAUGGCCUCUGUACCGCAGCAAAACGACGAGAGAGGAGUACCCUGCGUACUGCCACAGAUCAACCACAGUCUCUUUGGCGGCAAGUACAACAGCCCCUUUGUGCGAGCCUACGCACCGGCCCUAUCCGCCUAUGGUAUCCCCGAGUCGUCCUUCUUGGCCUUUGUCGAUGGCCUGAACGAAAGCUUCAUCGCCAACCCGGCUCUGGAAACAGCAACACAUGUCGGUAUGGGACUGUCAGCAUUCGGCGGCCCGCACGGCCACUUGAUAGGCAAAGCAGUCCAGAUGGCUUCCAAAGCCGCAAGCAGUGGUGUGAGCUCCAAGCGCUCCAAAGUGUUCUUGGAAGAAAUCAAUAAGGAUAUGUUUGGGCCGCACGGUCUGAAAGUGGACAUCUUACCCACGUAUCAGAUGUUGCAGGUACUUGGAUGUGCCCCUGAUCAGUUCCGGCAUGGUGUGAGCCCGCCAUGGGAAACACCUGCCACAACAGACAAUGUCAACGCCGUAACCCUACAGCAGCAAGAAGAAACACAAAUGAUGCGCAUGCGCGUCUUGGACGGCUACGUGAUGCGACUAAACUACCACUCGGAAAAGAAAGCCGAAGACUUCGCCAAAGCACAAGAAAAACGCAAUGAGAAGAUCCGUGAUGCCCACAAAGAUUACGACAAAGACGCUGCCAAGUACAAUGAAGAACUCCACAAGCUUCAAGAAGACCUUCAGGAUGAUUUGAGGAAAGAUGCACAUUCGCCUGGAAAGCAACAAGAGGCGCAGCGCAAGUAUGAGGAGGAGUUGCAGAAACUAGAAAAAGACAAGGGUGUAGGGAGAAUGGAGCAAGGUAUGCAGGAAGCAGACGAAGAGGUUUUGAAGUUCCAAAGAGAUGAGAAUAAAGAGGCUGAGCAUCUAAACUGGGUUGUGAUUACGCGAGUGGACUGGAUGAUCAAGGCACAGAAGGGUCAUGGUGCAGCGUUGCAGCUUAAAGCUGGAGAGCAGGUGAAGAAGCAUUUCAUCAAGAGUCUGUUUGGA